AAGGGAAAAGUUGGGAGGGAAAAGGGAAAAUAAAGGCUGUUGAGGAGCGAAGGAUUAUCAAAGAAAUUUAUGUAGUUAUGUAGCUAUUUAAAUGUUAUGUAGUUAACAGUUAUGUUCUCUGUUUAAGUUUAAUACGAAAAAUUAUGUUGAAGUUAAAUAAACAACGCGGUUUCUAUUCAUCUUUAAACAUUAUUAGAAAAAGGAAAUUUCAAGUUUUCUCUCUUCUAUAUCAAGAAGAACGUAAUAUAAAUAUAAGUGAUAAAGUGCCAGGAAAGUGGGAGACAAAAAUAAAAUUUUGGAUGAGAAAAUACGAAGAUUUAUUUGGAAUAACGAAGUUGUCAGAAGAGCAUGAAAAAGUCUUAGAAGCUCAAGAAAAACUCCAAAAUACCCAGGAGAAACGUCGUGAAGUGCAAGAAGAAAUAUUCUUUGUUCAAAAGAAGUUACAAGAAAUGCAGGAUAUAUUGCAUAAAACAUCCAUGGGUGAUGACAUGUAUAUUUCUGUUGUUACACAGCAUCUGAUGACAAAAUUUAUGCAUUGAAGAAAGAAAGUGAAUGUGAUGCUACACUACAGUGCUUAAAGAAAUAUAUUCUGAGAGGCUGGCCAGAAAGGAAACAUCAGGUAGAACCUCAAGUCAAAGUAUUUUGGGACUACAGAGAUGAGUUGACAAUGGAAAAUGACUUAUUUUUCAAAGGAGGAAGGGUAAUUAUUCCUUUAUCUAUGCAAAAGGAAAU